CACGCGGUUUAAAUGCGUCAGACUUGGUUUUUAUCUCAUGGAGAACCAAUAAGCAUCGAUUUUAGCCUACUGUUAUUAUUAAGACUUAAAACAGCGACUAUGUGAUUUGAUUUUUUUCUUUCAGGAUCAUUCAUCAAACCGUUUAACUUUUCUAGCCCUGUGCACAGAAAUGGACGAGCAGGAUAAUGUUUUUAAAAAGCAAGAGGUCAUCGAGAGCCCACCUUCCACCUUCAACUCCAAAAUGUUAGUGAAUUUAAAGAAAAGAGAAGAUCUUGGUCCUCCAAGUUCCAGUCCUCGGCCAUUUUUCAGAUUACGCAUUAAUCUACCCGGAAGCUCUCAACAAGAUUUGAAACCGGAUCGUUUUACAAAUGACCGCAGGGCUCUGGUGCAAACCACUUCUGUCAUCCAUCCAAUUGGUGAAGAACAUCAUCAUCAGGAAAGCUCUCUACAAACUGAAAAUCAGAUGUUUGAAACAGCCAUACAGUCUAAAACCAAAUUCACGGAAAUAGAUAAUAAGGAACCUUUCUUACAACCAGAACAAAGCCGUUUCAGGAGAGCCAUCAGAUUUAUUAUCAUCCUGUUCAUUAUUUUGGGUAUAUUUUACAUAAUCCUGAUUGGCAGCCAGUACAUUUACUUGGAUCUGAAGGGCAUUGCAAGGUCAUGGGAUUUAGGAAUCCCAAAACUGCGCUUUACCAGAAAGUGUAGUCCACCCAUAUGAACAGCUGUGGUUGUUGCACUCAAUAAAGCAUUUCAAAAUGUGCACUUAUUAUUAUAGUAAUUUGUUUGUCACUUACACAGC